AUGGCGAUAAAACGUAAACUUCGUAAAGAGCCGGAUUUGCAAACAACAAAAUUCACUGAACAAUUACAAGAAGAAACAUCAUCUUCAAAAACAAAGAAUCGUGGUCGACCUCGAAAACCUAAUGUAACUACUUCGACUAAUGACUUCAAUGAAGAUGUUGUCGCGGCUUCCUCACCUUCAACUACAACAGAGACAACUGUUCAACCACCCGCAAAAAAAGCGAGAAAAAGCAAAUCUAUCAAAAGCAAGACGAAAGCUGUAAAAGAGAAAACAAAAGUAUCUGCGAAUGAGUGGGCUGAUGAUACAUAUCCAAUCAAUAUAAAAGAACAACUGAGAACGAGCAAUAGUGGUGGUAAAGGUGGUGGUAAAGUUGCUGCUGCUCUUGCUAUUAAAAUAGGUAGUAAUAAAAAAGGUGCACAAGCAACGGCACAAGUCAAUUCACGAAAUGCUAUUAUAAUUCCUUCUGAUAUUCCUGAAAAACAACAAACAUCAUCAACAUCGCAAUCACCUAAAAUUAUUAAACCACGUAAAUGGAAUCGUAAGAAAGUUGUUAUUAGAACGACUGGCGGAGAAAUUGCGAUGCCUGUUUGGUAUUCAACUGAACAAAGACAAAUUCUAAGAAAUAUUUCGUUUUCUGGUUAG